UUAUGUUUCCGGGGAUUCCUUUCGGGUCGGAACGUAAUCAUGGCUGCGAUUAUAGGCCUAAGGUGUGCUUGAAGGGUGUUGAUGCUUGAAGGGGACUGAUGUCAACAUGCUUGGACUGGGUAAUUAAAUGAAGAACUUUUCAGAUCAGUCUGCCAUAACACAUUAGUCGCCAUGAUAUUUACUUCUUUCCUCCGGGAGACUUUGUGCAGGACAAAGAACUCAGUGUUGUCAAGAACCUCUAGCAUGUACAUUUGUACCAAGGCCAUACAGAACAUGAUUAGUUCCAGAGGAUUGUACCAGCAUGCAAACCAACUCCUCUCUAGAAAGGCUUCUCAGCGCCUCAGCAGCCAGAUACGGGGCAUGAAGAGCCGCAAGAACCCCCACACAGAGAGACAGGAGGAAGAGUGGAGGAAGAGAAACAGGACUGUCCUCACGUACAUUGCUGCUGCCGGAGUGGGGAUGAUCGGCAUGUCGUAUGCAGCAGUGCCUCUCUACCGGUUAUACUGCCAGACUUCAGGACUUGGUGGGACUGCUCAAUCCGGUCACGACGCAGAGCAAGUAGAGAACAUGACUCCGGUGAAGGACCGCAUCAUCAAGAUCACCUUCAAUGCCGACGUGCAUGCCAGCAUGCAAUGGAACUUCAAACCUCAACAGUCAGAGAUAUAUGUUAUUCCUGGAGAAACCGCACUGGCAUUUUAUAAAGCAAAGAAUCCUACAGAUAAACCUGUGAUUGGAAUAUCCACCUACAAUGUAGUACCUUUUGAAGCUGGACAGUACUUUAACAAAAUUCAGUGUUUUUGCUUUGAGGAACAGAGGUUAAAUCCCAAAGAAGAAGUGGACAUGCCGGUAUUCUUCUACAUCGAUCCUGAGUUUGAUGAAGACCCCAGAAUGGCAAAAGUGGACACUAUCACGCUUUCUUACACUUUUUUUGAAGCCAAGGAAGGACAGACGCUUCCCAUUCCUGGCUAUAGCUGACCUUUCUUCAUUUGGAAAACGGACAUAAACCAGUUCAGUGGUGAUGUGGCACUUAAUCAGAUAUCUAUUCAGAGAAAUUUUAGAUUUCUUUUGCCUUGUUGUUUAGCAAUGACAAUGCAUUGUUGUUAAUAAAAUGUCUGUCUCUAAAUAUG